CAAAGUAGUUGUCACUGUUCUGUCUUCUUGUUACUCUGCAAUGCGUUCUCUUCAAUACUUCCCCUCCGUCUCAAUUGUCUUCAGAACCCAAAAAGACGUAAAUACCCCUCUCAUUCCUCACUUAUCUCCCAUUAGAACACGUAAUUAUCCUCUACCGUUGAGGGCAACGACGUCAACUGACGAAAUUCCACCUAACGCCGUUCGCCGGAAAACAGACAGAAACUGGAGAGGAGGGUUCAGUCUCGGGGUAGACUUAGGGUUAUCCCGGACAGGAGUCGCACUCAGUAAAGGCUACACCUUUCGUCCUCUCACGGUUUUGAAAUCGAGAGGGCAGAAGCUUGAGACGAGGCUCUUAGAAAUUGCUGAAGAAGAGGAGGUUGAUGAGUUCAUAAUUGGGUUGCCGAGAUCUUCUGACGGCAAAGAGACGGUUCAGUCUAAUAAAGUUCGAUCUGUUGCUGGACGGCUUGCCGUUCAAGCUGCAGAGAGGGGUUGGAGGGUUUAUGUAUUGGAUGAACAUGGGACAUCAGCAGAAGCUUCAGACAGAAUGAUUGUAAUGGGACUCGGAAAGAGUGAAAGACACAACAGUGAAGAUGCGUAUGCUGCUGUGAUAUUGUUGGAGAGGUAUUUCACUACACAAGGUCUAGGAGCUGAGAUUAUACUUCCCAAGAGUUUAGAACUUCAAGAGAAGAUCAAGAACGCUGCACCUAAAGACCCUGAUUUUUUACCUGGAAAGCUUGAAGAGUAUUACAAAUUCUAAACUAGUUUGCUUUCAUUAUCCUCCUUGUGGAUUCUUUGAUUUCAAUUCGUCCAUGAAGACGUCAGUAUAUAAACAUAACAAUAAGUUCUUUUGCCUAUGAUCUUGUUAGUUCCUCUACCAAAAGAUCCUAUUUUUCCUCUGUUUUUGUGUGUUAAGUUACAAGGCAGAACAGAGUCAAG